UCUUUAAAACCACCGAGUGGGGGUCCUUAUUUGGCAGGAAGUUAGCCGAAGCUAACAGGAAGCCGAAUAAUGAGAGCACAUUGAGGUGCAGGAAUUGGCAAAGAGCAGCGACUCCAAACAUUGCUCUUUACGCUGGUUACAACUCCCCCCGAUACAGGAGGAACAAGCAGUCAGUCACCUGUGUAUGAAGACAAGUCAGAGGCAGCUAUGUCUUCAGCGGUGGAUCUCAAGACCAAGGAGGAGAAGGAUGCAGAGUUGGACAGACGGAUCGAAGCUCUGAGGAAGAAGAAUGAGGCUCUGGUCAAGAGGUACCAGGAAAUAGAGGAAGACAAGAAGAAGGCAGAGCAGGAGGGCAUUGCCGUGACAACACCUCGCAAGCCCCGCCCCCACGAGCCGAAGACGGAGAAGGAAAACUUCACUGUCACAGUUGACCUUUCUAAACUGACAGGGGAGAAGAGAGUUGUGAACGACUGGAAACCCGGAGCGCCUCGCGGCCGGAAGGUGUCAGAGGAGAGCGACGGCCACGGAGGGCAGAGCGACGCCCACAGGGGGCAGAGCGACGCCCACAGGGGGCAGAGCGACGCCCACAGGGGGCAGAGCGACGGCCACAGGGGGCAGAGCGACGCCCACAGCCCCCCCAGGAGGACGGGUUCGGGACGAAUGGGUCGGGGAGGUCAGAGAGGAGGAGGAGGCCGCCAGGAGAGGAGAGACCGGGAACCCAGGACACCCAGAGAUGGAGAACCUGGGGAGUCAGGAGGACAGGGACGCAGAGGAGGAAGGAGGGGAAGAGGAGGAGAAGGAAGAGGAGGAGGAGGAGGAGGAGGAGAAGGAAUAGGGACACCAGGUGGCAUGGACAAGAAAUCCAAGGAAUGGGAGGAGAAGAGGCGACACAACAUUGAGAAGAUGAAUGAAGAAAUGGAGAGAAUAGCAGAGUAUGAGAGGGGACAGCGGCCGGAUGUAGACAAGCCGAUCCGUAACUUCCUGGACGACCCGAGACGUUCAGGCCCAGCGCCGGACACAGACCGCAAGGAGGGCAGCAGGAGACAUGUACGAAACUGGGGAGGGCUGGACUUUGACAAUGUGAAGACAGGAGCCGAACUGGAGAAAGAAUGGACCAGUCGAAGGCCUGGUCCGAAAGGCUCUAUGGACAUGACCAUGUCUAUGACCGGCCGGGAGAGAGCAGAGUACCUGCGCUGGAAGAAGGAGCGUGAGCAGAUUGACGAGGAGAGACUAGCACGCCAUCGUAAUGCCACAGGCCAGUGGAGACGAGAGUGGGACGCACAGAAGACGGAGAACAUGUUCAAGGAGGACCCAUAUGUGGCUGCGGAGGGCAUCACACCCGAGCAGGGCAGCAGGAGAGCCCGGGGGCGUAACUCGCGUACAGAGCCUCGGGGCAGGGCCUCAGACGACAGCAAGCGGCCUCCUAAAGAGCCGACAUUUGGCGACUUCCUGUCCCAGGGCAGGACCCAGGGGCCCCGAGGGGACCGGGGCAGAGGGAGGGGCCGAGGACAGAAACCGAGCUACAGCAUGCAUGACAACCGCUGGGAAGGAGAGAAAGAAGAGGCGGACAAGGAAAAGGAGGACAAGACAAAGAGAGAGGAGAAGACUAAAACGAAGAAGAAGGAGGAAGAAAAACCCAAACCUCCCACAGCACAGAAGGUGGAGAAGAACGGAGAUGGAGAGGAUGACGACGAGGAAUGGGAGGAUGCCAGCGAUGGAGAAGAAGACGACGAAGCAGUGGAGGAAGGGAGCGACUCAGAACACGACUCCAGGGGCGAUGAGAAGAAAGACAAGGGGAAAGAGAAACCAGCCAAGAUCAAAAACAACUCCCCUAAGUCUCCUGCUCCUCGUUCUCGAUCGACGUCAGCAGGAAGCCCCAAAGAGCAGCGGACCCCCAGGCCGAAGGUCCACAUCCCCCCCCCAGCAGCAGUUCAGGAGUCACCGGAGGGAGGCAAGCCCCUCAGCCCCUUCUCCCCGCUGGACAGCCACCGGCCUGUAUCAGACUGGGGGGAGGAGAUGGAGAUGCUGUCGCCCCGGAGCAGCAUGGGAGGCGAGAGCCCACUGAAACCCCCCAGCGUGGAGGCCAGCCCGCCCCAGAAGAAGGAGCAGCAGGAGGAGACAGAGAACCAAGCUGCCAGCUCCAAUGAACCUGCUGAGCCGCAGAAAGGGGAGGAUACAGCCAUAGAGGUUUCCUCUCCUUCAGAAAAGACUAAAGCCCAGCAGACUGUGAUAGUGUCAGAACCAGAGUCCGUCUCCAUGGACUCCCCCGCUGCACUGCCAUCUGACCCCGCCCCGUCUGAGGUUCCUGACCCCGCCCCCUCUGCUUUUUCUGUCCCAGUCCUGUUUGAGGUUUCUGUCCCAGUCCUGUCUGAGGUUUCUGUCCCCGCCCCCUCUGAGGUCAGUGAAGCUGCUGUGACGAUGGACCAGGAUACACCUGCUGCUCCAUCACAAGCAGACAAACUGGACGCCCCUCCCUCUCCAGCUGUCCUGGAGGCCGACCACAGCUCCUCUGAACCAGCAGGAGGGAACGAUGGCGACACAGCGCCCGCUGGGUCCGACGCUGCUCCGCCAGCAGAAACAGCGGAGUCCUCUGAGCAGACGUCCUCAGGUGCGGUCCAUAUCAGUGACUUUGAGACAGUGGCUUACUGCUGAAGCUGCUGGGAACCAACAGACUCACUUCUGAGGAGGAUGCAAAUAUGAGAUGGACGAAGAGCAUCACACUACUCAUCACUGGAGUGACCAUCACACAUCUAAAUUAAACGAGAGGAAAAAAAUGACUUCAUGAGGAGGAGGAGGAGGGACUGUGCCCUGCCUCUUUUCAGCGCUCUCUCUGAGCUGUUUCUAAGUCUUUCGGAUCAGUGGGUCUGAUCACCUCUGGGCCGCCGCCAUGUUUUGUCUCACUCUGUGAAGUUUUAAGAUAUGAAGAGUAAAAGUCCGUCACUGCAAAGUCUUUUGCCCAUCGACGACACCCCUAAACCAAGCAGAUGCCUGCUGAGCCCGGCCAGUCCACAGUGAGUGAAUCAGGACGUGCAGGCUGGCUUUGCGAGGCCAAGAACUAUGUAGAAACAAACCCCCACACCAAGCCCCGACUGGCCUGAUAUCAGCUUAUAAAAGGCUUUCACCAUUUCCACGUCUUUUUAGCGACAGUGUCAAAGUGUUAUUUUUAAAACCUAUUGCUCGGCUGUCUCGUUUCUGUGUUGGUUUUGGCCGGAAAAUAAUUACUACUUGAAUGAUUGAUCGCAUUCAUUUUGGGCCACCUUGUUAGCUAGUUGACCUAACCAACCUUCUGUCUUGUUGUAAACACAUCUGACUUGUGCCCUGGCUAACAUAUUUACUAGGAGCCUGCCGCUAGGUAUAUAUUAAAAGUCAAAAAUCAUCAAAUAGAUAAAUUUCUUUUGUUAUUACAUCCUUCUUCCUUGUCAAAACAUGGAUCACGUGAUCCCUACUUCCAACUGAGCUCUGACCUUCCAACAAGAAAUGUUAAGAAUACUUCACUGAUUCAGCAUUGCCCUUCUAUAACAUCGUUGAUCUCACGAUGACUUCACACAGAUCCCUCUGGAGACAGAAAAGGCUUUAGAUGACUUUUUUCACAUAUGCAGUAGUACUCCCCAACACCUGUAAACAGACUUUGAUGUGUAAAAUGGGUGGAGUUCCCCUUUAACAGUAAUUGCUUUGCCAAUUUUGUCUGUUGACUAAUCAGCUAUCUUACAAGCUCCAUGGUCGGAUUAGAGACUAAGACCAGACUGUUGAUGUGAGUUACAUUUGGAAAUAAAUCUACAUUAUCAGACUUAAUUUUCCUGCAGAACAAUACUGGAUUAAUCCACUGAACUUACUAUGGACUCCAUCUUUGUCCUCGUCAGGUUUUAUUCAGACAUUAUUUGCAGUCUUUUCUAAAUGGCACCAGUUGCUCUGAGCUUUGUCUCGCAACUUUAAAGCCUCCAUAAUGUAGAAAUGGGACUCCAGCCUCCAGCCUGUCCUACUCUUUGGUUUUAUUUUGUGGCUUUUAAUUACCUUGUUGUUUUGUUAGAUUGUACAUGGAAAUACUUUUUUCUUCAUAUCAGACGUCGCUGACUUUUUUUUUUUUUUUUGUCAUGAGAGAGAAUACUUUGAGACAUGUUGACACACUGAAGAUCUUUCAAAAAUACGAAUCCUUUAGCCUGACUGUUUUCAUGAGCGUCACGGCAAGUUAUCACGAUGUUUUAAGUGUAAUUUAUUUUACGUCAGAGCCAGCUGUGCAGGCCUACUGUGUGUGGUGUAGAAUAACCGACUUCAGUGAUCAUGUGGGUCAGAUAUGAAUCGGAGUGAGCGACUGGCUGUUACAUGACUUUGCCAACACACAUUCAGUCGUUUGGCUGAUGCUUCAGGAUCAGGUGUCUCGCUUAAGGGCACUCUGACAGAACAUCACGGGACUUCUUCACACCUCCUCCUCAUCUCAGAUCUAUCAAAAUACCAAUUAUGUACUUAGAGCAGUCGGCCCGUUUGCUGUUUUAAUGAUGUAAUUCUGUGUCAUAAUCAGAAAACAUUUGAUAUUUUCACUGACGCAGACUGUGCUGCCAUUUUGUGAUUCUGAUGGAUUGUGAAUCAUCAGUUCUACAGAAAAAUCUGUCACAUCCGUCUGAUACCAGUCCCCCUCUCCCUUUAAAUGACACUGCCUCUGAAAUGGAAAGUUUGUUUUUUUAAAAUUAAGGGUCUCAUUCCAAAAUGGCUUAAUGGUAUGGGGAAAAAACGACCUACUCAACAAGAUAUUAGUGUUUUUGGUUUUACAUUAAAUAUAAUUUUUUAAAACAGCAAUGUUUGGGGAUGUCAUUUUCUGUUAUUUGGAAACACAGACUUGCAUUAAAGUAUCUAAAGUGUAGAAACAUGAAUUACUACUUGAGUAAUGAACUUUGGGCUGUAGUUUGUUUUUGUUUUAAUGGACAGUUUAUUUUGGAAUGAAACCCUUCACUCAUACCUCAGCAGACCAAGGGCUUUAAUUUGGUUUGUUUUUGAGUUUGUGCUUUGUUUGCUGCAAACGGCUCGGUCUUUGAAUCAUGUUAGUUGUAGCGGCUCGCCUGUGGCGUUUGAAGACACGGGGAUAAAUGGGAUGCUUUAAUGUUUUUGUGUUCUAUAUCAGAGGAAUAAAAAUGAUGCAUUUGGGUUGAAAGGAACUGCAAUAUGUACAGUUUUUAAAUGGAAGAGAACAUUCCACAGUUGGGUGUUUGUGCAAAAUGUAGCCUUUGAAAACAUGUUUUGUUUUUAUGUUUUGUUUUUUUUGCAUAUGGAUGUUUGUUGUUUCUGAGCUUCGAUGACUGAUUGUAUUUACAGCAGUAGAUAUUUCAAUGUACAUCCAUUUCUACAAUGUCUUCCUGUUUGAUACAUGAAAUCGCUCUGAGAACUAACAAGAUUUGCCUUUUUGGAGUGGUGUGCAGGUGUUUUUCAUAAAAUGAUCAGGACUAGCAUGAAUCCGAAAUUGUAGCUUUUUAAUGUUGUCAAAGCCAUUGAUGAAAUAAAUGUCCCCAUCAGCUCGCACAUCAGAGAGAAAAAGAGCCCUGAUGUUUGUACUACUUUACAAAAUGUGCACCCACAUGAAAUGUAAAGCGCACGUGAGUUUUUGUUUUUCUCAUUUAGCCAAUAAAUGUAUUCCUCUGAA